GAGGGAGUUCCGCGGGAGCGGCGGGCGGGGGCUGGCGGCGGCCUGAGCUGCGCCGCGCUCCGCCCGAGGCCGCCGUGGGGGCCAUGACCGAGUACAAGCUGGUGGUGGUGGGGGCCGGCGGCGUCGGCAAGAGCGCGCUGACCAUCCAGCUCAUCCAGAACCACUUCGUGGACGAAUACGACCCCACCAUCGAGGAUUCGUACAGAAAGCAGGUUGUCAUCGAUGGGGAGACCUGCUUGUUGGACAUCCUGGACACGGCAGGGCAGGAGGAGUACAGUGCCAUGCGUGACCAGUACAUGAGAACGGGAGAAGGCUUCCUCUGCGUGUUUGCCAUUAACAACAGUAAAUCGUUUGCUGACAUCAACCUUUACAGAGAACAGAUCAAGAGAGUGAAAGAUUCAGAUGAUGUGCCAAUGGUGCUAGUUGGGAAUAAGUGUGAUUUGCCCACAAGAACAGUAGACACAAAACAGGCUCAAGAAUUAGCUAAAAGCUAUGGAAUCCCCUUCAUAGAGACAUCUGCUAAAACAAGACAGGGUGUGGAAGAUGCUUUUUACACGCUGGUGCGAGAGAUCCGGCAGUACCGGAUGAAAAAGCUCAACAGCAACGAAGAUGGAAACCAAGGCUGUAUGGGACUGUCCUGCGUUGUGAUGUGAGGAGAUGCCAAGAAUACCUGGUUCAGAUGUAGCUGCUGGACAAGUCUCGAUGCUGCUGUAUUGCGUCUCAUGCUGAUGCCCUGCAGUAUUGUGGUGCCAGUGACCAGGAUCUUGGUACCAGUUAACUAGCACAAGGUCCUUUCCUGUGCUCCAUCUGAAGAGAACAUCUAUGGCAUCUACCUCCUUGCUCAGCUGUCGGAGCAGUCGCAUCUCUGGCUGGACUGGGAUUCUUUGCUCACUGUUAUCUGGCUUUGUUCAAGAAGAAAACCAGUCACAAGAAAAGUGAACCAUAGAGACUAAAUGCUGUGAAAACGAUGACGCUUUACCUCUAGAGUAAAAGCUAGAAGUGAUGUUUGUCCCCUCUGUGUUGGAUUCUGAUUUGUGGUGCUUUCAAAGGAGUGGCAGUAAUCGUUACUUGGCAGGUUAAUGUCAGGAAUGAUUUUGCCACCACAAAUGCUCCUGUCCCCUCUCGGAUUGGUAUCUGCUCUCUGCGUAUUUACAACCUGCCCUUUGUGCCAGAAGUACCACUUAACUUUUCUGUAAUAAAAAGGAGAUAUCUUUCCUAACUCAAGUGCCUGUUUGCUACGAAGAUAUGAAGCUGUCCCCUGCUCCCUUGGGUGGAGGAAAACCCCAAGGACUGGAAUUUCUUGGGAGCUCAUUGUCUUAAGCAGGCAAAUCCUGUGUGGAUGGUAUCUUUACCUGACAGGACACUAAAUCAGGAAUUUGUAGGCUGGAAGAUCCAGCAGGCACUUGUAAGGCUGUUGAACUAGGGAGAGGGACAUUCUGCAUCUGGUUUUUACUUUCUUGUAGGUAGAACUGUUAAUGUUCUCUACUGUUGUUCUGCAGCAUUCAGAUCUCUUCCAACUUGGACCAAAUUAGUCAGCUGUUCAUUUCUAACUGCCAACAUUUAAGGGCAGCUUCUCAAUAGUUGAUCUGGUAACUGGAGGUGAGUUAGUUUGAACAGCUGUUACUCUGUAACUUGCAAAUUACUCUCUUUUGAAUUAUUUUCUCACCACCAGACUGUAAACAUAGUCUCUUCAAAAUGGCUUUCAGUAAAAUGUAGCUGGAGGGUCUCCUUGUCAGGGGAGCAGUGUGGGGUUUUAGCUGACUGCAGCUGGUGCAGUGGUUGUUAGGACAUAGUAUACCCUGACUGAGGGGAGAAAGCAGGCAGCUCUGACAAGACUGAGACAGCUUCUGCUGGUGGUGUCAUUGCCUACUGAGGCAGGAAGUGAGUUCUUUGAUGACUGCAGAAGUGUGUGACACUGAUGGGAAUUCUGGGCUUGUUCUGACAGCCUUGGAGUGGAACAGAAUUACUGCAUAAGCUGUGUGAGUUCUUCCUAGAAGAGAACAUUGUCACCAUCUAUUGUUGGAACAUCAGUGUGGUCACUGUUGCAAAAACCUACCAGUGUGCCUCAGAAUUGUGUCCUUACGCUGCUGGGACUGGAUUCUGCUCUGUGUGCUCAAGUGUCCCACAGCAAAGCUGAGCUCCCAGUUGCUAUCCGAUGGAAGAGUAAUGAGCCCUCAGCCAACAGAGGGAGCGUUCAGCCAGGCUGCUGAGACUGGCAGCAGCAGGAUUGUUAAGGGGUUUCAUUUUGGUUUGUUGGUGUCAGAGUCAAGCAUCUUAAUUUAGACUUCUCCAUUUCAAAUGGCAUUAAAAAUCAGUAAAUAGUGCGAGAAGAAAACGUUCUUUUUAGUGUUGCUUUCUUCACUAUUUGCAUUGUUAAUUUUCCUCUUGGCAUGAGGAGAACCAAUCUGACUCAUGUUUUCUUCUUUAGCCAUGGUAGUCCUAAGAACUUUUUGCCAUUUAUUUGACCUUUGACUGAUGUGUGACACUGAUAAGACUUAAACCCACAAUACUUUUAACUAAAGCUUUCUUUUCCAGCGCCAUACACAGUGAUGGGCAUGAUUAAGGAUAACUAUAGAGAGUUUCUUUCCUGGCAAGCAGGGCUGCAGCAUUCAGAGCAUGACUGCCUGCAGCCUGUGGCAGUAAGAAGCCUUUUGCAGCUGGCAUUUGAUGUUUGAAGGGUGCAUGGUCAAGUGUGGAAAAUUGCUUCUUUGGGAUGGAAGUUCAUGGUAAUCAUUCUCUGCAUUACAAGGCAUUAAAAAUGUGCUCACUGCAACUCCCAAAGUUGUGAGUUGUCAGAAUUGUGUGGGAACUCACAAAUGUAGCUCUCUGCAUUCUCUCCAGUGUUCCCUUUUGUCUUGGUCUGUAUAAAAUCUUAAAAGGGAGGAAGGCCUGGCAUAGUUAGGUCAAGCCUCUGUGUCAACUGUGGAACCUUAGAGGGGGAUGCAUCAGCUUUUAGGAUGCUGCAGAGCUGAGGUGGACAGGCAGUCCUCCCAUCUGCAUGAUUGCAGUCUCAAAUGUAGCAAAUGAUACAAAAUCAAGGUGUUGUGCUAGUCAUGAGUAGGAAGUGUAUGGCUGGACUUCAUUUCUAGCUGGCUGCAUAAGAGGACCUUGAUUUGGGUGGCAACUGGAGAGAGAAUUGUGUGGAAAGAACUUUGGGAACGUUUAGAAGAUAGGCACAAUUUUUCUGCACAAGACAAGUCCCUGGAAAAGGUUUUGUAGAUUUAGUCCAAAUGUAACUGAGAACUACCAGCACAGCACCGUGUUAGUGCCAAGCUAACUUUACUAUCCUGCCUGGGAGGAACAGGCAUAACCAGCUUCUUGUUGCUAGAAAACAGCCUUGUUACUGUCAGUGUCCCCACUCCGUGGUCUCAUUCAAACAACAGCACUCCAAUGCUCUUCUUGUCACAAAGGAGGACUUUGGGGAGCAACAGUGAUGCUUAAAACAUCGUUUUUAGUGCAGUUCAGUGAUAGAAUUGGAUUUUGAGCAACUUCAAGCCUAAGGGGGGAAGGAGAGUAGUGGAAGCUCAAAUUUACCUUCUGAUCCUGUCUGUGGUCCUCCUUUACUCCAUAAGCCUUGAGUGACUGUGUAUAACCUCCAGGAUGGUAGGGAACUGUUGGGUUCUGGACUUCUUAAACAAGGGCUAAUUUGUGGUUACUUUGUAUAAUUCUUUGCAUCUCUUCUGGUUUGAAGUAAAUUAUUUUGCUUCUUAACUUUUUUUUUUAAAGAAUAAACUUGGAAUUGUU